AUGAUGGAUCUUUCAACUUUGACGCCAUUAACAGAGAUGCACUGCGGUCUCCUCGUCUUCUCGCUUCGCGAUGUUCUGAGUCAAGUCCAGCUUCCAGCACCUUUCGACGCCUCAGCGGUCUCAGGCAAGUGGCGCUGCGUCCUCGCACCGUCAGCGGAGCCUGGAGUUGCGGCGUCUCAAGAGAGCCUUAUUUCCUCUGAAGAGGAGCUGAUGCUAUACCUCGACGCCGGUGUUCCCGUCCGUGCGAGCAAAUCACGUGCAGUGGCGGUUCAUACGGCGUGUGGUCCAGAUAGCUUGCGUUGGCUGGCCGACACGCGUUGGAAUGCGUUCCCGAAGCCACAGAUCGCUUUACGGCGCGGCUGGGGAGCACCUGGCACGGACAUGUAUGUGUCCUCGUUUCACAAGAUGAUCUCGUCCUUUGAGGAGGUGUUCCACCACACCCGUGGGGUGGACGUGCCUCUCAGCCAGCAAGAGCUGGAGGCGGUCGGUGCUGCGACUGCACCAGUGCCAAGUGACGCUAUCGAGGCAGAGGAGGUGCUUGAUCUGCAGCUGUUUCACCGCAACGACGGUUGCCCACCGAUUCCCAUCCUUGGUGAGCACCUGCUGUGGCCGUCGUGUGUCGGCGACGGCGCCGUCUGCGACACGGCAACGUGGGUGUCACAACGGGGGAUGGUGAGGCACUGGCACCUGAACGACUCCGGCGAGUUUGCCAUGCAGGUUGCGCUGCCUUUACCACUAGAGAACUGCGACGAUGGGAACGCGAAGGUGGGCCUGCCAGAUCCGGUGCUACCACCACCCCUAUCGACGACGUCGCCUUGGUCUGCCAACAGUAGCGCCACUUCGACGCGCAUUCGAUCUCUCUUGUGUCCCGAGAGCUCUGCCGCAGAAGUUGCAUCGUCAGCAGUCCGGCGUGCCAUGGUACCAGCGAUGCUGACCAUCUUUGCACCGAAAGGUGGAUAUGACUGGGUGAUGCAUGACGACGAGGCAAACAUGUGUGGCAAGGUGGUGGCGCUGGACCUCUUUGGAACUCCGGACGAGGCGCUGCCCUGCGAUCCUGCUCUCCUGCCAGUCCUUACAGUCGCUGUUCUCGAGAGCGGUGGGGCACCGAUGAUUGUGCCCCCGAAUGUCGCACAGACCUCAAUCGCGUUGCGAGAUUGUGUUGUUGUCGAGCAGCGCCGCAUCUCGAAUCUCUGGCUGGACGACGUCUCAUACUUUCUCCACCGCUGCUCUCGCUGGCAAACGAGCUCCAUCAUCUACGCCUACCUUCAGGAAGAUCUGCAGGACGACAGUUUUGUCGCAGGACAUGUAGUGCCCUACCUUAUCCGAGUCUUCGAGGAACACAAGGAGGCCACCUCGUAUCACGCCGUAGUGCGUCGGCGCGCCGUGCUUUCCCUGUACGCACUGGCCACCAAUCGGAACCACUACGGUCUCUCUGAGAGCUCUCGCGCCUCACUUGACCGUCUUCUCCACGGUGGUAAUCGAGCAAUGCAUGAGGUGCUGCAGAGCGCACCUUACAGCGCCUUGUCUAACGCAGAAGUUCCGGCCACCAUGGAGGAAUGGCUGGCGGUGUACUGGGGGAUGAGCUGGUGCUGGCCUAAGGCGGGGUGUGUUCUCCGUGUCCCCAACAUCGUACACCCGCUCAGCGUACGGUUGACGCCUCUUCAGCAGAAGGCUCAGUACCUUCCGGUGGUUUACCCACCACUGACCUGCAGCCCCGUGUACGGCACUGAGAAGGAGUCGGUGGAGGCUACGGUGCAGCAGUACUGGGAGAUGAAGGACCUCGAGUCCAAGCCGAAGGAGCUUAUGGCGUACCUGCGAACGCGCAAGAUGCCCAAGGAUGACCUCCUCGAGGACCUCUUUUGA